CUACUUCAUCUUAUCAACUACUCUUUCUCUGCAGAUUAAAGCUUUACAUCACAUCUCACAUUACACAAUGUCUGGCCCCUACGAUCACAACCAGGGUUACUACAACCCGAACCAGUAUCAGCAGGGUUACUACCCUGAGCAGGGUCAGCAGUACCAGGGCUAUCAGCCGCAACACAGCCAACAGUACGACCAGGGGUACCCUCAACAGCACGGUCAGCCGUAUGAUCAGGGCUACCCCCAACAGCACCAACAGUACGAUAGCCAGCGUGGCACUUCCAACGACUACUACGGCCAGCAGCCUCCUCAGCAAGGCUACGAUCAAUACGGCCAGCACCAGCAGCAACAGUAUGGCCAGGAAGCUCCCGGCGGUGCUCAGGAAGGCGAACGUGGUCUUGGAGGAGCCGUUGCUGGUGGGUUAGCAGGUGCUUUUGGAGGUCACAAGGUCAACCAUGGAGUCCUCGGCGCGAUUGGUGGCGCGAUUGUCGGAAGUCUCGCACAGGAUGCGCUAAAGAAGAAAGACAAGCACAAGGAUGAACCCUACUACGAUCAGCACUCUCAGUACGGCGGUUCCCACCACUCUGGCCAAUCUGGCCACUCUUCAAAGCUGGACCAGCUCGGCAGCUUCUUCAAGAAAUGAGCGAUGAACAUUUGACACGGCCGCUUGACUUUCUUCUGUUAGUCCUAUGAGGUUAUGAUUGUGGAAUACCAUUACUCGCUUUUUUCUUUGUCUCUCUCGUCGUCUGAAGGGUUCUAUCUGUCGCCUGGGCUGGUUAGAAUGUUGGGACGGGGCACGGGUUUUUUUGUCUCUUGUACACGAUACAUUGUUAUGCAUUUUUUUUAUGAUACCGACGAU